GCAGCAGUUAGUUUGGGGGAAGUUUUGGAUCGGCAGUCUACCUGCUCACGUUUCUCCGUGUUUCUUUCCUCUUUGGAGGUUAAAGUCGGAUCCGAAACCCCGCGCAGGUACCGGGGAAGCUUCGCUGGCGUCCGGGUCUUGUCUGUGGUGGUAGAUGAGCGUUUCCCCUGAGUUAAAUCCGCUGCAAGGCGUUAACGACGCAGCUCAGGUGUUACUCCACGGCGGAUUGCAACGUGUUUUACCUGUUGGCGAGUAGCGACGUGUUUUCAGGAAUGACUGCCACAGCAGACCUGGAGCAGCUCGCAGAAAUAGAGCUGCAGAGGGAGGAAGAGGAGGAUGAAGGGGAACAGAAGAAGGCCCCUGACGGUCCCAGCACCACGUUUGACCUCGAUCCAUCUCAUCCGUACUAUGAUAUAGCUCGACAUGGAAUCAUCCAGGUGUCAGGAGAUGAUAACUACGGCAGGAAGCUGAUCGUCUUCAGCAGCUGCUGCCUCCCCCCGUCGCACCAGCUGAACCACCGCCGCCUUCUGGAGUACCUGAAGUUCACGCUGGACCAGUACGUGGAGAUGGACUACAUCCUGGUUUACUUCCACUACGGCCUGAAGAGCCGCAACAAGCCGUCAAUCAAGUGGCUGCGCGAAGCCUACAGCGAGUUUGACCGGAAGUACAAGAAGAACCUGAAAACCCUCUACGUCGUCCAUCCUACAAACUUCAUCCGGAUCGUCUGGAACAUUUUCAAACCUCUGAUCAGUCACAAGUUCGGGAAGAAGCUGAUGUAUGUGAACUACCUGACGGAGCUGCGAGGACACCUGAACUACGACCAGCUCUACAUCCCUGCAGACGUCCUCAGGCAUGACGAGAUGCUGCGAGCGGCUCAGAAGGGCGGACCGCCGCCAUCCGUGAAAUCGCCCCCUCCUCGGCCCCCGCUGCCCACGCAGCAGUUCGGGGUCAGCCUGCAGUACAUCAGGGAGAAGAAUCGCGAGGCGAUCAUCCCGCCUGUGAUGGUUCAGACUGUGGCCUACUUAAAGGAGAAAGGUCUGAGGACAGAGGGGAUUUUCAGGCGUUCAGUUCGUGUUCAGACCAUCAAAGAUGUCCAGAAACUCUACAACCUGGGAAAGCCGGUAAACUUUGAUCUGUACGAGGAUAUCCACGUUCCUGCGGUUAUCCUGAAGACGUUCCUCAGGGAGCUUCCUGAGCCGCUGCUCACCUUCAGAGUCUACAGCCAGGUCCAGGAGUUCCUCAAUGUGGAGAGCAGCCUGCGGGUGACCAGGUGCAAGCAGAUGCUUGAAGGCCUUCCUGAACACAACUUUGUUGUGGUGAAGUUUCUGCUCAGUUUCCUGCACAUGGUGUCUCAGGAAAGCAUCAACAACAAGAUGAGCGCCUCCAACCUGGCGUGCGUCUUCGGCGUCAACCUGGUUUGGCCUCGUCACGGUUCCAUCUCUCUGGGCGCUCUCACGCCCAUCAACAUCUUCAGCGAGAUCCUCAUCGAACACUUCGACACCGUGUUCGGCUCCCGCUGCCCACCUGCCCAGGUAACCCCGUGAUAACCGGCUGCUGAGGAACUCUGACAGGUCAAAGUGAUCCUUCCAGACACGGAAGAUCUCUGUUACAGUGAAUUAUGUGAACUUUCAGCAUCAGGACACUAAAAAAAGGCUGACAAUGCAAUGAUUGUUUUUUUUUUUUUUUUUUUUGUCUACACAAAAAUGUUUUAUCUUUUUUUACAGAACAUAUUUAAUGUGUUUUAAAAUUAUGCUAUAGUUUCUACUGGAAAAAUAAGUCAUAAAAUAUUGAUUGUAAAGUGAAAUUAAUCUGUCUUCAAUAAAUUGUGACGAUGAGGGAAGAAAAGAUCUGUAAAAAUCA